UCCUCUAUGACAAACUGUGGUUUCUGUCUUUUAAAAAAGUUUGAAAGGAGUGUGAUUAUGACGAGUCCGCGCAAUUUGCCUGUGAUACCGAGUGGAGAAUGAAUGGUCAUGUAAAGAGUAUGCAUUUUCAACAGUUUAUGGAAGCAGCAGCAACAUUACUCUCUCUCCUGCUGGUUAUGGCUGUUGAUUCAACAAGAACUGUGGCAGCAAGCAGAACCCAGCAGUGUGGGAAUUCUCUGCAACAGACUUUGAAGCUGACCAGACUUAUACAGAAGGAAUCUGUCGACCUAAUCAAAACAUAUAAAACUUCUCAAGGAGAAAUAUCAGACUAUUUCUGCAAGGUGUCAGUUAAUGGCAUUCCUGACCCCAACAUCUCUGGCCUGGAUCCCUCAGAGAGGAUAGCGAGCAUCUCCAUACAUCUCCAAGACUUCAUCCCACAUUUCAAACGGGUGUACGAGCAGCAGACAGAUUUACAGUCUCCCACGAGUCCACUGUUGGCCGAGAUCAUCGUUGUCAGUGCUCGCAGCAAGAACCUGGCUGCUCUCAUAAACAGCUUUUACCAGAGCCUCUUCCCAAACCUGCCUGUACCGGAGCCAGCAGGGGGGCCGACAACACUACCUCCAUCCCAGAAUGUUUUCCAGCAGAAGGUCUACGGCUGUGCGGUCCUGAAGACCUACAAGGAGCUCCUGUCAAAUAUUUCCAGAGAACUGAGGACUCUAAAAAACAAAGUGUGCAGAAGGAGGAUACAAAUGAAUGCACUCUUCUUCUGAGGAUGACCUAAGGCUGGCCUUAGACAGUCAGCUCUUUAUAAGACUUAAAAAGAUAAGUAUGAAGGUGGCUGGUACAUCAAUGUAAUGAAGCCUAUUUAUGGUAUUUAAUAUUUAUUUUCAUGUGUGCUUCUGAUGAGAGGAGUGCUGUCAAAAGAUCAAGAGUGUGAAGGUAUCUCUGUGCAGGUUAUGUAUAUUUAAUUUGUCUAAUAUGUUAUGUACAUUUCUCCUAUGCUGAUGUAAACUUAUUUGCUGUAUGCAGAAUUAUUAAAAGAUACUUUGCAGCUGUA